CAUGACCGUAAAGAAGGACCUCCAUGUUGUCUCUGGCUUACAACUCGAGGUAUACACGGACGACGGCGCGACGGACAUAUCGCUGCCAGUGACCGUCUUCUUCCUGCUUCAUGGACGAUAUGGGUCCACCAACAGUGAUUACCUCCGGAACUCUCUGGAUGGUAUAUUCAAGGAGUAUGGCUCACAUUCGGCCUCGGAAAGACGAAGAGAACUAGUUGUUGUGGCAUUCGACCAGCGCAAUCAUGGACAAAGGUUGGUCAAGAUAGAGGCCAACGUUGGCUGGCAUGAGAAGGGGAAACACAAUGAGAAACACGCGUGAGUUCCCUUCUUGGUCGUAUGUCGGGUCUGUUGGGAGAUGAAUAAAAGACAUCAUGUCACUCCCGACAUGUCCGAGACGUCGGAUACCUGGGCACUGCCCAGACAUGCGUAGAAACUGCGCAUGAGGCUCCUGUGUGGAGCGAUUACUAAGAAAAGCUCCUAAAAAGUAAAUAGAAGCCCCUGAACAUGAU